CGCUGGUCUAGAGCUGAUGUGCUGUUGUUAAUUUCCUGCUAUGUCGAACGCAGAGAACGAUUUAAAGAUAUAAACAAAAGAACAAGUCCCUGUGAGAAGAAAUCAGCGAAGAAUUAAAGAAGAACGGAGUGUUCUUUAAUGCCAAGGCGUGUGAGACGAAAUUGAAAAAUCUGAAGAGAAGUUAUGUUGCUUGUGUUGAUCACAACAAAGUCAGCGGAAAUGACCGAAAGAAAUGCAACUUCUAUGACGAACUUCACGAAAUAUUUUCGAAAGAUGAUGCCAUCGCUCCAAAAACAUUGUGCAGCAACAUUGAUGGUAAACGGAGCAAAGAUGCAGUCAAGAGUGUUAAA